AUGGCAGGGUACUGUCGCCGUGGCGACAAGUGCUGGUUCAAGCAUGCUUCUACAAAAUCCCCCUCCGAAUUUAUCUCUGUAGACACAGCCGGUGAAGAGGGAAAUCAUCUGUGCUCCAUUUGCUACGAGAAGCCGAUCACGUAUGGGUUGCUUGAUGGAUGUAGUCACGUUUUCUGUCUGCAGGAAUGGCGCGAUCGCAAGGGGAAGUCCGAUGAUAUUGUCUUCUCUGGUGUCCUAAAGCAAUGUCCGCUCUGUCGCAUCCAAUCGCGAUUCGUCACUCCUUCAAGCCAAUUCUACCCCGACGGACAUCCCGGCAAGCUUGCUACUAUAGAAAGAUACAAAGCAAGUAUGGCAAGGGUACCAUGUCGAUUUUUCCAGCAAUCUUCGCCUUCCAAUCGCUCUUGUCCGUUUGGCAAAGACUGUUUCUAUCAACAUCUCAAUCAGGAUGGGACACCCUACACUUUCUCCCAUGGUGUUGAACAUCGCGCGAACUCAUCGGGCAUGUGGGAAUUUUUUGACUAUUCACCAGAUGAACUUGAAGCUCGUAGCCCUUCUGGUGUCCCACCUUCCCGUCGCAAUAUAAAUACAAGGCUGGCGUUUCUGGCCGCUUCUCUCCAGGAAUUUUUGAACCGCACUGCGAAUGAUGGACAGGUAUCCGAUACGGAUUCGUCAACCCCAUCAACACCCGAAGUGGACAGAUCGGUUACGGAGGCCAUGGUGGAAAGCCUGAUCGAUUCGUUCGUGGGGCCUUUCUCCAGCGAAGAUGAAGAAGUGACGGCCAUGCCUGACGAACAUGGGAUAAGCAUCGCGGUAUCUUCUAUUGCGCAGGCACCUCUAGAUGAUGAUGUGACAGAGUCGAGAUCGUUGUCCGCCGUAGUGCCGGCAGUGGAUGUGGACAUGACGAACCAUACACCACAAUCAUCUGGGAAUCGACUUUCGUUCAGCCCACAUUCACGCUUUAGUACUGUUGUCCCGAGACGCAAUCUUCCCUCCGAUGAACUGUCUUUGGACGAUCUCCGACAAGUACCGAUGACAGUGGACGUUCAGCAAGCUGGCGAUAUCGAAGCGCAAUCGGACAGUCCGGAUAAAAUUAUAGCCCAGACUCAAGAGGUUCGGGACAGCGAAGACCUUCUAAAUACCAGUGUUGCAAUCAAUGAGGGCAAUGUCAAUCGGGUGUCGUCACAGAUUCUUCAAGACCAGGAGAAAGUCGUAUCUCUUGAUGUCGAGGUUUUGCAAGAUGCAGACCCACCUUUUCUUACAGAUGGUCGGGGAAGAGUUGUUUGGAGCAAUGCUGUGUCCGGACGCCAACGCGACAGUCAUCGUGGACGAUCUCGAACGUCGUCUGGCGUGUUACCUCAAAGCAGCCGAGUUCGUCACCCAGCGGCUAUGCAGGCAGAUUCGGAGGAGCAUUCAUUUGACUUUGUCACCGACGGCCGGGGUCGAGUAGUUUCUACUGGGACGGAUAUCGUGCAAAAUGCAACGCCUGAGUCACCACUUGGUGCCGGAAGGGAGGUGGCUGAUCAAGAGGAGAGGAAUGACGACUGUUCCACGCGAGAAGAUGGAGGGCGAUCCCUCGGUCGCAUCUCGAAGUUUCGGGUGCACUGA